GUCCUUCUAUCCUCACUUCUUCACCACACUACAACACCAUUAAUCAUAAGCAAAAAAGAAAAACAUAAUAAUAGCUUUCCUCUAUAUCUCCCGUAUCCCAAAACCAAAAUGGCAUCAAUCAUGGUCUUGGUCACGGUUUUGACCAUUCUUUUCACGACUUUCAGAAUCUCUCAAGCUACGUCUCGUACUGUCACCUUCCACGAGCCGUCGAUGGUUAAUAAACAUGAGCAAUGGAUGGCUCGAUUUUCUCGCGUUUACCGUGAUGAGCUCGAGAAACAGAUGAGACGCGAUGUGUUCAAGAAGAACUUGAAGUUUAUUGAGGAGUUCAACAAGAAAGAGAACAAAAGCUACAAGGUUGGUGUCAAUGAAUUCGCGGAUUGGACCAGCGAGGAGUUCCUAGCAACACACACCGGACUGAAGAACCUAACCAACAUUCCCCCAUCCACGGUGGUCGGAAAAAUGAUGCCGUCAAAGUCUUGGGACGUCAGUAACGUAGCAGCCGAGAGCAAGGACUGGAGGAGUGAAGGAGCUGUCACUCCUGUCAAAUACCAAGGCCAAUGCGCACGAAUCACGCGGUUACGUUCGUUGGCUAUGGAACGAACCAGGACGGGACUAAGUACUGGUUGGCUAAGAACUCUUGGGGUGAAACUUGGGGAGAAAAUGGUUACAUUAGGAUACGUAGAGACGUGGCUUGGCCUCAAGGCAUGUGUGGUGUAG